AUGAUAAUUGAAUGUGCCAAAACCCAGUUUGCUCAGGAUUACUAUGCAUGGUCCAACGUCCUGACUGAGUGCAAGCUGUGUGUUUGCAACAUCGACUGCUCCCACAUCAGUUUCAACCAGGUGUGUGCCUCAGAUGGACGUUCCUACGACAACCCCUGCCAGGUGAAGGAGGCGUCCUGUCAGAAGCAGGAGCGCAUCGAGGUCAAGCACCUGGGCCGAUGCCAAGGCGACAUCCUAGGCGGAGACGGACACUUCGCGAGGACCGACACCACAGUGGUGAAGGAAAAGGACCCGAGGAACGGGCUGGCCAUCGGCCUGUACAUCCCCUGUCCGGACCACUUCAAGAACUACUGCGUGCACGGCGAGUGUCAGUUCCCCAGCAUCGUGGCCCAGCCCUCCUGCAGCUGUCACUCGGGGUUCCGGGGCCCCCAGUGUGACAUCAAAGAGUAUAACGUGCUCUAUGUGGUGCCAGGCUCGGGCAAACUGCACUACGUCCUCAUCGCCUCCAUCAUCGGAGCACUGCAGGUGGUGAUCAUCUGCGUGGUGGUGCUCUGCAUUACCAGGAAGUGCCCGCGGACCAACAGGAUCAACCGGCAGAAGCAGAACAAUGUCCACUUCAGUACGGAGAACACCAUGCGUGCCUCCACCCGGCUCAUCUGAGCCCCCACACACCGGACAGAGCCCCCCCCCCCUCCGCUUUACGGGGAGUGCUGUGGCGUUAGAUGUCCCCCCCCCUCUCCUUGUAGGAUCUGCUUCCCCUUCACCCCCUCUCCCCUCUCCUCCCAAUGUGAACUCUAAUGAAGCCCGGGGAGGACGGUGGUUCUGCAGAGACAGUGAUGAGACAACCCCCCCUCCCACACACAUACACAGAUGCAGAUGUGUCUUCCUGCACCUUCCGCCCAGGGUUUCUCAAACGGACUGAACCAUGAGGUGUCGUGGCGGGGGGGGGCAUCGAGGAAUGUGAGCGUGAGUGUGUGAAUGUGUAUUAGACGUGUGAGCUUUGGUAGAGGCGGGCUAGCCGGUGUCUGUCGU